AUGUCUUGCUCCAGCCUGUGCGCCCCUUCCUGUGGGGUGGCUGCCCCGUGUCCGCUGGCUGACACCGUCAACGAGCCCUGCGUGCGGCAGUGCCCCGACUCCACGGUGGUGAUCCAGGUGAUCCAGCCCCCGGCCUCGGGGGUCACCAUCCCUGGGCCCAUCCUCAGCAACUUCCCCCAGCACAGUGUUGUUGGCUCGGCUGGAGCCCCUGUUGUUGGAGGGGGCUAUGGCGGCACUUUUGGAGGCCAUGGUGGUUAUGGAGGCUUUGGUGGCUAUAGAGGCUAUGGAGGUUAUGGUGGUUAUGGAGGCUAUGGUGGCCUUGGGGGUUAUGGCAGCUAUUGGGGCUAUGGAGGCCUUGGUGGCUGUGGUGGCUAUGGAGGCUUUGGGGGAUAUGGAGGUUAUGGAGGCUACGGGAGCUAUGGAGGCUUUGGAGGAUGUGGCUAUGGCGGCUGGGGCCGAGGCCGCAGAUACUUCAGUGGCAACUGCUGGCCCUGCUAA